AUGCUUUCUACGAGGUCACUCGGAUCCUUCAAGGGCAUCCUGCCCUCCAUCCACCACCCUCUCCCGCUGAACCAGAGAGAAGCCCAGCAGCUGCUCAACUCCCUGACCGCCUCCUUCCGCAAACACCUCGAUAAAGAGCACGGGUGGCUCACCGACGACCCCGCUCAGCCCGUCCCCAGCCGACCCCCCACCGGACUCAUCGUCUCUACCUCUUCGAAAGACGCGCACCGCCGACCGACAGACCGGCAUCUGCGCGCCAUCCUCUCAAAUCCCCUCUUCAGCUAUGAUCGGACAGUCCAGCAGGGCUUCGCCCUGGGGCAGCUCGGCAGCGCAGAGCGGGACCCCAUGGACAUCUUUGUAGAGGCCGUCUCCAAAGGUCUUAUGGACCCCAGGCGGGCCGCCGGGUGUCUCCAGGCCAAACGCCGCGAGAUCCUCCAGUCGCCCUGCCUAUCGGUCAAGGAUGCCAUGGCCACGCCCGGCGCCGGCCUCAAGGUCGUGCAGUGGCUGAGGUCGUCCGGCAUGGAGAGAGACCUCUCUUUUGUCUCGCAUACCGGCUUGACUAGCCUGCUCUUGAAGUUCAUGGUCGCAGAGGGCCUCGAGGACAUCGCCUGGGGGUGGCUGGACCGGCUAAUGCGGGGAGAGGGGCCGGCUGAUGUGGGCAAGAACCACCAACCGGCGGCCUCCUUUGUCCUCGACCAGCUGGUCACUGCAAAGACGCUCGACGCCACGAACCUCAACGAGGCAUACGCCUUGAUCCUCCAAGGGCAGGAGAUGUUCAGGUCGAACCCCAAGUUCGAACUCAGCUUUGUCGGCCCCUGGCGCCACCUGUCCUGGAUAUCGACGGUCGAGGCGUGGAAGCGCGCCAACCCGUCCGUCAAGCUGUACGAGUCCUUCGUUGCCAUCAGCGACCGCAUGCGCAAGAACCUUCGCAUCGACAAGGCCCACCUGAACCUCCACCACCCCACGAAGCCCAACCCCGCCCUCGCGAUACAGCUUCUGGAGAACCAGAGCAUCUGGCAGAACCUCUUCAAGCUGCCUACCAGCGAGGCCGGGGAGCCCUCCAAGCGCGCGUCCGGCCUCGCUACGCGGAUCAUGUCUAUCGGUCUCGACACCGUCCAGUACUUGACGCAGUCGGGGCAGACGGAAGAGGCACAGCAUGUCCUCGACUUGCUGCGCACGAACCUCUCGGGAUUCUUUGGAAAGGACCCGCCGGAGUUUUCUCGCAUCCUGGCCACGGGAUGA